CACAUUCAUUAACAGAGAGCGAUCGGAAAUACGUAGGUCUUUUUUCGUACACGAAUAUUAGACUCUAAUCGGACCGUUAACCACUAACCAGAGAGAGGGAGGGGGCGUUCUCCGUUCACACCCAAUGUUAAGCAUCACCGAUAACAAUUUUUAGGAAAUUCCUAUUGACGCCCGAAAGAAUGGUAUAUUGCAAGGAAUUUCUUCUGAUCAUCUUGUUGGCCGCAAAUGUCCGAGGUGACCAAGAUCAGUGUACCAUUGGAGUGAUGAGAGGACGAUGUGAUUGUAAUAAAUAUGAAGUCUGUCUUUCUGGGCAAUGGGAGGAAGCGACGGUACCAAACAAUGGGAAGUAUGUCACCAUUUGUGGAAAUUGCACAGCAGACGAUACCAGGAACGGAUGUAGCAAUUCUCAGAGUGAAGUUUUGUGCGGGUACAUCGAUUUGUCAUCAUCUGCACUGAACGUGACCACCUCUGAUCCACAUGAUCCGGGGACAGCGCCAGAUUUCACAACAUCAGCUACUGUAACAGACCUAGAGGAACCUGAAAUGUGUCCUUGUACCUGCGAGUUCGAAGACCAGAUUGCAUCCUGGGAACAUUCUGGCAGUCAACCUGAGGUAGAGGAGGAAGUUCUUGUUUCCAAAAUAAAUGAAAUGAAAAAAGAAUUACAAGUUAAUAUCACAGAUCUGACAUCCACAAAAAUGAAAAAGAUCAGCGCCCCUGACAGUCGGACUUCCGCUUCUGUUACCGGGUACAUCGGUGUGAUCUUCAUCGUCAUCGUAUUCGGAUCCAUAAUGGCUCUAGACCUCUCAACGUUAGUCGUUCAAAUUGGGGGAUUCUGUAAAAGACUGAAGGGACAAUCAAAAGUAGACAUACACUAGUGAAGUGAUAUUCUAUUCAUUGUAUUUUUUCAGUAUACUUUGAUUUCUAUUUUUAGGGUAUGAUAUAUAUGUCUAUCGCUCUGAAAAUAAGUAUGACACUGCAUCCGUCCGAAAUAUGCAUUGUAAUAAAUAGCCUGCAACUACAGAAAGAUUGCUCACCAACUCAUCCUUAUAUUGUUUUUAUUAUAGACUAAAUUAAUUUGCUAAGUGAGUUAUUUGUAUAAGUGUCAGUGAUUUCGCGUGUACUAGAUGUAUUUUUAAUGUAGAGAUGAAAAAUAUAUCCACAUAUCGCAGAAGAUUAUGAAAAUCCUUUCAUACUAAAGGGAAAACAUGUACAGCUCAAUGCAAAAGAUUACGUAACACUUGAUACCAACAAAAUAAAUAGAUGUAUGAGUUGAUA